AUGGAACUCCCCCCACCAUCGACGAUCCCGUCUCUACCCCAAGAGACCCAGCUUCGGGUCCUCGAUACCCUCUUCGAACCCUCCCCAGAGCUCCACCAACUGAUGAUCCCCGUGCUGGCCAACCAGACCUUCUCUUCAUACACCAACCUCAUUGAUGCUGCCCAAUUGAAUGAAGGUGCCGAGGAACAGGCGGAGAAACUACGAACACUGAAUGCGGAAUACGAAGAGAAGUUUCCGGGUUUGCGGUUUGUUACUUUCGUUAAUGGCCGGAGUCGCGAUGUGAUCAUGGUCGAAAUGCGCCAGCGCAUUGACCGCGGUGAUGUGGAGAAAGAAAUAGACGAGACCAUUCAGGGAAUGUGUGAUAUUGCAAAGGACCGGGCGAGGAAGCUUCAGUCGCGCAUUUAG